AUUUAGAUAUCGCGGUACUGAAAGCUUUAAAGUGAAACUUAAAAUUGGUACGGAUUUCUUUUAUAAAAAAAAUAAUACAUACAUUUUUUUUAAUCUACAUAGUAUGUUUUAAUUUUUUUUUUAUGUAAACGGAAUAUAUUUACACAAUUACAAAAAAAAAAAAUGUUUUAAAAAUAUUUAGAUUCCAUGUGCAGCAAAUAGAUAGAAAAAGAAAGUAAAGAAGAAGAAAAGAUUACCGUGAAAUUGUUCCAGUUUUCAUUUUUGUUUUACGUUUUUAUCAAAAUUGGUGUUAAAUUCUUUGAAUAGUUGCAAAAAAAUUUUUUGGGGGGAUGGCGAAGAACAAAUUUUUUUAAGUUAAAAUGAAUUUUCUAUUAAUUAUUAUUUAUUAAAAUCAACUACUUUAUUUUAUCUUUCACACUAAUUUCAAAAAAAAAUCAUGGAAAUGAAAAUUCUCCAAAAAAAUGUAUAAUAAUCAGUGAAAUUUUGUUUUUACAUAUUUAUUUAAUUUACUUAAUAUUAUUAUAAUUUAUUUCUUUUUUUUAAAAAAAAAAACUAAUGCAAUUAAUUAAUCUUAUUUCUAAAGAAAUAUUUUGUUUUGCAAAAACGCAACUUAAUUUUACUAAUUAAUAUAAAAUAUCAUCGUUAGAAUACAAUUAUUUAUUGAAGUUUCGCUCAAAAUUUAAAAUAAACCUAUUAAAAAUGUCUUCGAAUUUAAUACCAGACGCUCAACAUUCAGUUGAUAUACUUCGAGCACUUUUGAACAUACAAAAGCGUCCAUUAUUAUUAUCUGUAUUGUUGAAAGAGUAUCGUGAUAUGGAAGGUAAAAAUUUACCAUUCAAACUUUAUGGAUUUAAAUCGCCUGAAGAAUAUUUAAAAUCAUCAGGAAAAUUUUUAGUAAUUAAUGAUAGAGGAGAGAUUUACAUUAGUGCCCGUCCAAAUAAAGAUUCAGCUCAUAUUGUUGAUAUGAUUACAAAUCAAAAAGCUAACAAAAAUCGUCGUACAUUUGGUAAUUCAAAUAAUCGUAUGCCCACAAAAAAUGAUCAAAGCUGGAAUAAAAGCUCAUUUUCAUCAAAUGUUUACAAUAAAUUACCAUCGAAAUCCUUUGGUGAUUCCAGAAAUAACAGACGUGGUUACAAUAAAUCAAAAAAAAAUAAUCAGAAUGUUAAUCAAAGAUUAACUGGCGAUUCAAAUAAUAAUUCAAAUACAAGUAAUAAUAGAAAUAUAGCAGAUAAUGUAGCAAAAACGACAGGAGAUAGUAAAAAAGAUUUUAAUGGGGGCUCAACUGUUCAAAUUAAACCUUUAAUGGCCAAUAUGGUUUCCAAACCGGACCUAAACGAUAGAAUAAACUUAAAUAAACAAUCUAGUAAUCAAAAUCAACCAGGUGAUAAAAAGCAACGUCAAAAGCAACAAUCUCCAAAGCAGGACAAACAAAGUAAUUCAAAUGAAAAGCAUAAUACAAAAAAUUCGAAAGAAUCACAUAAUAAAAAUGAGGUGGAACAUAUCAAGAGUAACCAGAAACAAACACAAAAAAAUUCAAAUAUUCAAUCAAAAUCCAAUACCCAAAUAUCUUCCGUAACAAAUCGUUUAGAAAACAUUAGAAAUGUUAAGAAUUUAAAUUUUAACACUGAAAAAAUUGACGAUUCGAAAAAAUCUUUCAGUUCAACUAACAAAACUAAUGAAACUACAUCACCAAUAAUCCGAUUCGGUCUCCCUUCAAUACAGGAUAGGUUAAAAAUUCAUAAAACACAAGUUUCUCCUGAAAAAGAGUUAAAUUCACCUCUCAUAACACCUCCUAUAUCACCAUUAACUGAAUAUUCUGCAAGACCAAUUUCCUCAUCCAAUAGCAGUAGACAUAGCUCUCAAGAUUCUCUGCAAAACUAUAUGAAUUCCGUAAAGGGAAAAUCAUCUGUGAUAAAUAAACAGACAAAUAAGACUAAAAAUAUUUUGUUGCCGACAGAAAAAUACGAAUUCGACCCGAAAUUAAAUUCUGUAAACUCUUUAAUCGAUUAUUGCAUGGCUCGUGGAUUUCCAGAGCCCCGUUUCAACUUUGUGCAACCAAAAUUCAUGCAUAAAAAAAUAUAUUGCAGUGUAACCAUAAAUGGUAAAACGUACACAACAAUUCCGAAAUAUUUUACUGACCCAGAAAUAGCAAAAGCUGCUUGUGCGGCAAUUGCUAUUCAGGAAAUUAAAGAAACUGAGCUGGCUAUUUUAUCGUAUCCUGUUUGUACAGAUACUGAUUCAGAUUUAUUAAUGAAAAUCUAUCAAGAACUGAAUCUAAAUCAUGCAACAAAUGGAAUUUUUCUCAAUGGUUUACCAAAAGUUUUUGAAUCUAAAUUUCAACAAACUUUACCUGAUCACUGGGUUUCAUUAAUUGAGAAGUCAAAACUAUUUGUCCUUGAAAAAACAGCAGACGGUAACACCAUACUGUUUCCAAAAUUUGGUAUAGAUGAAACGAAUUAUUUAACAACAGAACAAGAUGAGCUUAUAAUUGACCCUUUACAAUUACCGUGGGAUAACAAAUAUUGGAAUUUGUACAUAACGCACUGUGCAUCUACCAUAGAAGUUUGGGCUCGUAUUGUUGACAAAGAGUACAGUCAGCAAUUAGAUUCGUUAUUAAAUGACAUUGAUUUAGAAAUGUUAACUGAUAAAACUCGACCAGGAUCAUUAACAACCGGUCAAAUGUAUUUAGUUUGCAUUUCUGAAUGUUGGCAUCGUGUGCGUUUGGAAAGAAUGAAUAAAGGUGCCGGCAAAUGUUUAUGUUUUUUCAUUGAUUUUGGUGACGAUGACUGGUUAUCUAUGGAUCAACUUUUUAUAUGUGAUAAAAAAUUUUUAAAACUUCCACCUCAAGCUGUACCUUUUAGUUUAUUUGGUUUGGAAGAUUUCGCUGAAAAUCCCGUUGCCAACCGCCAUUUAAAUGAAAUGUUGAUGGGUAAAACAUUAAUUGCUCAGAUUUUUACAAAAAAGGAAACUUAUGAGGCAAAAAAUAUUUCGAAGUCUUCAUCUUCUUUCGGUGGUUCCUCAGAAGACUUAAAUGAAAUAAUAAAAAUACAGGCUGUGUUAUAUGAUACAUCUUCAAAUGUUGAUAUUGUUUUAAACCCUUUGUUGAUAAAUAAAAUUUGCGAUGAUACACCAGCUCCUGAAUUAAAGCAGAAUGGUGCAAAUAACGUUAACAUAACACAUGUUACUGAUAACGGUGAUAUUUACUUACAAAUUUUGGACUCUGGUUUGCAUUAUGUUCAGAAAUUAAUUUCGCAAUUAGUGGAAUCAAAGUUUCAACAAGAUCAAUAUAAAGUUAAUGCGACUGAUAUGGGAACUUCAAAUUUAUAUCUGAUACAUGAUAAGGACGAUAAUCGAUGGUAUAGGGGUUGCCUUGCCGAAGAUAAGAUUGAAAAUCAAGACAAUGUAUUCAAAAUGUAUUACGUUGAUUAUGGUUUUACAAAACGAAUAAAUAUUUCAAACAUAUUUCGUUUGGAAUCACUUAGCGCAGCUCUAAGUCGAUAUCCUAGACAAGGUUUGAAAGCUAAAAUGUAUAAUUUGCCACCAUUAAACGAGUUUGUAUUAGGCAGAUUAAAAGCGUUGUUGCCUCCAGAUUCUUUAGCAAUUGUUAAACUGGCAUUUAAUAGAUUAGACACAAGUCGUAAUGUGAUCCCGCAAAUAACUGUUUUUGUCCGUAUCGAUAGAAAUCAAAGUUUGUGUAAUGUGAAUGAUGCUAUUAGAAUGGAAUACGAGCUAAACUCCGAUGAUUUUGCAGUGGAAACUUAUAAGACAACGACAAAUAGUAAUAUAAAUUCUUUUUCAGCUCCCAGUUCACCGAUUUCGCAACAAUCAAAAACAGAAAUGCCGUUCGGUUUUCGUAGCUUAUCAGUUCGUUCACCAAUAACUGUCCCUACCACACCAACGAAAGGUUCUUUACCAAAAUUGAAUAUGGAUUUUUGUCUUCCUAAAAAGGGUGAAAUAUUCAAUGUUUUAGUGACCCUAGCAUCGAAUCCAUUUAACUUUUUUGUAAGACCAUAUAGUGAUUUUCUACACUUUCAAAGUAUGAUGACAGAAUUACAAAAUUUUUGUCAAGAUAAUGACGAAUUUAUUCCAAACGAUAUGAUUGAAGAAGGUGAAGCUUAUGCAGUACUUUUGGAAGAUGGUUUUUAUUAUAGAUGUGUAAUAGAAAGAACCUUGCCACAUCAAACAAGCCUUGUGUAUUUUUGUGAUUGUGGAGAUAGAAAUGUAGUUGAUGUAAAUAAAUUACGAACAUUACCAGCAAAAUGUCGUGAUUUGCCUAUUCAAGCUAUUCAAGCUAAACUACAUGGAGUAAAACCAAGUAAAGGAGAAUGGACUUUAAAUGAUAGCAUACGUUUUAGUGAAUUGACCGUUGGGCAAAGAUUUGCUUCUGUUGUGCAAAAUAUUUCAAUUGACGACUUUGAUCCUAAUAAAAAAUCAAAAGUUUUAGAAUUAACAUUAAUUGAUGUUCUCACUGAAGAAGAUAUAUAUAUUCACGAGAUUUUAGUUGAAGAAAACCGUGCUGUUAAAUGCUAAAUUAGUUUGUAAUAUUUAUUUUUUCUUGCACUUUUUAUUUAGAAAAUUUCUAAAAGAAAAUAUAGUUUUUAAAAAAAAAAAUACUAUUAAUAUGUUAAAGUAAAACUUAAAUAUAUACGUAGAUAGAGAUUUUUCAAAUUAAUAAAAAAGUAGAUAGAAAAAUUUCUCGGUCUCCUUUCUCUAAAUGCUGAAAAAUAAUUUCAAGUUAUUGCUUGAUAUUUUUAAAAUAAAAUUAAUAAAAAUAAAAUUUUUUACGUAUUUUUGAUAAAUAAUAUUUUUUGUACUAAAUGAAAAAACUAUUAUUGAAAUUGGUUUAUAAAAUUAAGUAGGAACGUAUUUCUUUUAGAAGUAAUC